AUGAUGUUUGCAAUCGAUGAAAUAAACAAUUCAACUUCCCUUCUUCCCAACAUAAAGCUGGGUUAUGAGCUAUAUGAUUCAUGCUCUGAGUCCUUAGUAGCAGUGCAAACCACUUUGCUUUUUCUGACAAGGAACGGAACCAACAAGGUGCCGAUGUUGUGUAAUUACACCGAUUACAAUUCACGAGUUAUUGCUGUUGUUGGGCCCGCUCAGUCAACGCUUGCCUUAAUUACAGCACGGCUUUUAAGUUUUUUUCUAAUUCCACAGAUUAGCUAUGCAGCCAGCAGUGAAAAGUUAAGUGAUAAGGAAGACUUCCCUUCCUUUUUCCGAACCAUCCCCAGUGAUAAGAACCAAUCAGCUGCUAUGAUUGAGAUCGUCCAUCAUUUUCAUUGGAACUGGGUUGCAGUGAUUGGCAGUGAUGAUGACUAUGGUCAACAAGGAAUCCAGAUGUUUGCAUCACUGGCAUCGGACGCUAGCAUCUGUAUUGCUCAUCAGGGCCUUAUACCUGUACAGGCAUCAAAUACUCAAACAGUUGAUUCAAAAAUUCCUGACAUCCUAUACAACAUCAACAAAAGCCAGGUUAAUGUAAUUGUGCUGUUCUCCGGAGACCAGGCUGCAAUGCCCCUUAUAAAGCAAUUCAUUAAAUCUGGACUAGACAAAAAGAUAUGGGUUGGAAGUGAAGGUUGGGUAUCAUCUGAUUUAAUUUCUUCGAUUCCUGAUGUUGAGACAAUUGGAACGGUCAUCGGUUUUGUUACCAAAGGUAGCGUGAUGCCUGGCUUUGAUGAUUAUAUAACGUACACAGUUGCACAGUUAGGUUUGAAAAGUAACAUCACGGGAAUGUAUGAUGCAGUAAAGCGCCAGCCUUUCAAUGUGUAUACAGCCGUCUACAGUAUCGCUUACGCUCUGCACGAGCUACUGAACUGCACAUCAGGGGUUUGCAGACAAUGGCCAAAGGCAAAACCUUGGGAGCUUCUGGAAGAAGUGAGGCGAGUACAGUUUUCUGUUUAUAAUGACACUUUUCAGUUUGAUUAUAAUGGAAAUCCUAACACUGGUUAUGAUGUCAUCACCUGGAAAUGGAACAAUGGAGAACUUCAGCUAACAACAAUUGGAGAAUACAACAGUGAAUUGUAUAUUAACCAAUCUUUAAUUCACUGGUACACUGGCAGUAACCAGGCACCCCAAUCAGUGUGUUCACAAAAGUGUGAAGCAGGACAGAUUAUGAUAGAGAAAGGCUAUCAUUCCUGUUGUUAUGACUGCAUAAGUUGCAUGGAUGGCUACUUCCAAAAUUUAUCAGAUCCUUUAGAUUGUACUGCAUGUCCCGACUCUCAGUGGUCACCUAAAAAAAGUACAGUUUGCUAUGACAGAACCCUAAUCUACACUUUUUGGGGUGAUCCUGCAGUAAUUGGUUUGCUCAUUAUGUUAUCUAUCAGCCUGAUUUUAAUUAUUAGCGUCAUCAUCUUGUUUAUGAAGAAGCUUGACAGUCCCAUGGUGCAGGCUUCAGGUGGCAACAUGUGUGUGCUUACGUUGUUUGCAUUGAUUUCCUUAUGCACCAGUGCCCUGUCGUUUAUCGGGAGACCCACUGACACUAUUUGUAAGAUCCAGCAGCUAUGGUUUUCUACAAGUCUUAUUGUUGUACUCUCUACAAUGCUAAUCAAAUCGCUUCAGCUUCUGUUAUCAACUGAAUGCCAAAGCCUGCCAGUGUCAUAUAUCAAGUGGCUAAAGGGUCCUGGAACUUGGUUUAUAAUUUUUUUUAAUAUCUGCAUUCAUUAUGCCAUAUGGGGUUGGUAUUUUUAUACUGGCCCCCCUCAGGUAAAAGAAGAUUACAGUACAUCACCAUCUGCAAUAGUUCUUUAUUGUGACAUCAAUUCUUUUGUAAACUUUUGUAUUAUGUUUGGGCAUAAUGCAUGCCUUGCCUUUAUAUGCUUUUUCUGCAGUUUUAUGGUACAACCCCCUGUUAAAACCUACAACAUGUCAAGAGGGAUCACUUUCUCCAUGUUAGGGUGUUUGCUUGUCUGGACAUUCUUUAUUCCUAUAUUUGCUACAAUUCAGUGUAAAUUAAAGGCUGCCGUACAGAUGAACACAAUUAUGCUUUGCUCUUUGAUAAUAACAGGAUUAUACUUCCUUCCUAAGUGUUACAUCAUUUUAUUUAAGCCUGAAAAGAAUACGAUUUCAUAUUUCCUGCAACAUUCUAUGAACCUCCGUUCUGUAAAUGAAGGUGCAACAACCUCAAGUGAAGAAAGUCAUAGAAGUAACAGUACCAUGACUGAAAAUCAACCACAGUAACAAAUCAGUUCUAUCCUCCAAAGUCAGACUCAGCAGAGCAAAGACCAACCACACAAAGAUUAAAAUUAAAGCUGCAAGAUUACUCAUUAGUUUUGACAAUGACAUCUUCACAACUACACCUAUUUUUUUUUUGUUGGUAAACCAGGUUCAUAGAUUUUUUUUUUAUGAACAUUGGUCUUGGUUCUGUUAUAAUAUCCACAUUAGUAUACAUUAUGAACA